UAAUGAAUCCCUUAUUUAAAUUGUUUCAUUUGAAAUUCAAAUAUAUGGGUCCAAUGCAAUGUUUUAUAGUUUAAUAAUGAAUAUUAUUAUGCUUCAUUUGAUAGCUUUGAUUGCUGAAACUUCAUAUAAAAAGAGAUGAACACUUGGAAUCUUAAGAAUGAACACUCUGUAUGAAUCACUGUGGAAACAACUUAGUUGGUUUCCAUACGGGAAGGAUACACAUGGAUGUAAAGUUCUAGAUAAUAUUCUAUAUUUUUUUUUCUUCUUUCUAAACCCUUUUUUUCUAUAUCAAAACGACACAUGUUAAAGAGAGUAGUGCAUUUUGCUUGUUUUUAUCUUAAAUAGUCACAGCACAUAGGUUCUAAAUAUGAAAAGAGUGAACAAAUAAUAUUCCUCUGUAAAUGGAGCUACGACUACUAGUCGGCUCAUGUUGUUCAAUGUUUGAUUUCAUCAGAAUUUCAAAUUGUGGAUGGCAUGAUUUAAAUAACAGUGGUUUCUGUAAGUGCAUUUCAUGAAUUCAUAUCAUGUUUACAUAAUUACUGCAAAAUAGUUGAACCAUGUUGCUGAUUUGGUUGCAAAAUAAAAUGUAUUAAGAUGGAGUUGCUUACUAAUGUGAAAUGGAAUUUUUUGGUUUUGCAGGUCCUCAUGAAAAUGCUAAUAGACAUCAUGUUCAUAAUGAACUGAAGAUGUUGGAGCGAUUUGGGGGUAAGAACUUUGUCAUAAAAUAUGAAGGCUCUUUCAAGAGUGGGAAUUCUGAGUGCCUUGUUUUAGAGCAUGUUCAUCACGACAGACCCCAGGUCUUGAAGAGAGAAAUAGAUGUUUUCCAGCUCCAGUGGUAUGGCUAUUGUAUGUUCAGAGCACUUGCAGGUUUACAUAAGCAGGGAAUAGUUCAUAGAGAUGUUAAACCUGGCAACUUCCUUUUCUCUCGUAAGGUCAAUAAAGGAUAUCUCAUUGAUUUUAACCUUGCUAUGGAUAUGCAUCAGAAGUAUGGAGCUAUUGACAAAUCAAAGGUGGGCCAUGAUGUGAGUUUUAAUCAUGUUCCUCCCGCCCACACCAAAUCUCUUCCUCCUACCAAUCAGAAGUUUCUGGUCAGUAAAUCUUUGGAAGCAAUCAACAAGCAGACAGGAAAAAGGUCCAAGCCACUUUUGUCACCCAAAAACCUGAAAAAGAAGGCCGUAGACCAAACAAAUGCCUUUUCUGAAUUAGGCAGUAGGAAUGUGUUGAAAAGCCAAGGUGCAGAUGGCUCUGGAAUAACUUCAGCUAAGGAUGCAACAAGCACAAGAACUCCUUCAGCGGAAAGGUUGAGGGAACCGAUUCCAUGCCAAGGUAGGAAGGAGUUGAUCAGCCUGGUGCAUAAAGCAAUGCAGGGUCCAAAUUAUGAAGCACUUAGUGUUCCAGCUCCUAAGAGAAAGAAGGUCGUCGCACUUCCGGGAAAAGUAGAUAGAAAACUUGUUUACCUUACUCCAAUGCCAGCGCACUCUGCUGGCAUUGCUGUUGCUGGUGCUGGCCUGCUGAAAAACAAAGGGAAUGGGAAGCAAAAGAGAGAAGGCCCUUGUGUUGGAACCAAGGGCUUUCGGGCUCCAGAGGUAUUGUUCAGGUCACCACAUCAAGGCCACAAAGUUGACAUCUGGUCUGCUGGGGUCACCUGACUUUACUUGAUGAUUGGAAGAACACCAUUUACUGGUGAAGCUGAACAGAACAUAAAGGAAAUUGUAAAGUUAAAGGGCAGUGAAGAUCUCUGGGAAGUGGCAAAGCUACAUGACCGUGAAUCUUCAUUUCCAGUGGAUCUUUUUGAUGUGAAAUUUUUGACAUCCACAAGAUUGCGAGAUUGGUGCAAACAGAACACAAAAAGACCAGAAUUCUUGGAGUUUAUUCCAGGAUCACUAUUUGAUCUUGUGGAGAAGUGCCUGACGGUGAACCCGAGAUCGAGGAUAAGUGCAGAGGAAGCGCUGUGGCACGAGUUUUUCGCUCCAUGCCAUGAUGGCCUAAGAAAGGAAAGGCUGCUCAGGGAAGGGCUCAGCUUGGACUCUGGAACUACUCAUCUUUUAAAUUGCAUAGACAUUUAG